AUGGUCGACUUAGCCUUACAAAAAAAACUUCGAUUCGAAGAUCCAACAAAGGUCGAGGAAUUAUUCCUCGAUAACCAUAAAAUUUCCAAAAUCUCAGAUAUAAGUCAUUUGCCUCCAGGUCAAACAGACUUUACACCUCUAUCGGAAGUCAAAAACCUAGUUUCCCUAUCACUAUGCAAUGUAAAUUUACACAAGCUGGAAAAUUUCCCUAUACUGCCAAAACUCAAAAAGCUCUCGCUUGGUGACAAUAAAAUUGCUGGAGGCUUGGAAGCGCUAACGAUGGCUAAACUUGAAAGUCUUAACCACCUCGACUUGAGCAAUAAUAAAAUAAACGAUAUUAAAGAACUUGAAGCAUUGCAAGGAUAUCGGGAUGAAAUAUUUAAAAUUCUACCUCAAUUAUAUUCUCUUGAUGGGCAAGACCGUGAUAGCGAAGAAGAAUCAAAUGAUGAGCAAACAAAGUCAAAUAAAAGUAAAAACCCUCAAAUUUCUGCUGAAACUAUUGAUUCGAAUGAGGAGCAAGCGUCUGAAAGUGACGAGGUAGAAGAAUUGGAAGUAACCGAUUCUGAGCCUUCCAAUGAAAAAGCUUCGUUGGAUAAAGGAAAGGGAGUAGCUCUUCCACAGGAAAUUAAAUCUGGCCUCAUUAAUGGGACAGGAACUUCCCGCGGAAGAUAG